AUGCUACCACCAAAACACAGCUUACACCCACCGAAAUAUAAGACGGCAGGCGAGUUUACAAAACACUAUAACCCUCCAAACUACAUAUACAGUGACCAGCUCCCUUCCAAACCCACAGAUAUCCGGGGAAUUGACUCAUCUGGAUACACAUAUCUCAAUCAGAGUGCCUAUCAUAAGUUUCCGGUGCUUUCAAGCAAUGAGUAUCUUCAGCUCAAGUUCUUCCCAGGAAAUCACUUUAUUUCGAGGAUACGAAAGUCCAAUAUAGCGUUGGGAAAUUUCAACAAUCCCAUUAGCCUCCUUAACGACCCUGUUCUAGAAAAGGCAUUGAAGUCGUAUAGGGGUAAGUAUUCGGAGAGUGGGUUUUUCAACGAAAGAUCCCAUCCACUUUCUACUGCGGUUGGAAGAGCUCGGUAUAAGAAAUUUGUGAAGCAGUGCUUGUUUGAAAGCGUUAUCGGGAAAGACGUCACAAGAGUCAGGGGGUUCUACUUCGUCAGGUAUCACAAGGUUCCCGUCACUGAACAGGACAAGGCUUCUUUGAAGGAAUAUAUUUCUAAUGCUGUCAGCAGAAUCAACAACGACGAUAAGCUAUACCAAAGCCUCGUAAGGACAUCACAGUCAUUAAAGACACCACGAGACUUGAAGAAAAAUGCAAAGUUGUACAACUGGUAUGGAGCCAAGUGGGAGCCCACCUACUAUCCCAAGCUACCCUUUUUAUAG